AUGAUCCAAAGAACUCCUGAUGGUGCCCAGAAACGGCCCAACUUCCUCGUCAUCGUGGCCGACGACCUGGGCUUCAGCGACUGUGCUUGCUUCGGUUCCGAGAUCCAGACGCCCAAUAUUGAUGCUCUCGCGGCUGAGGCGACCGGUCUUCGUUUCACCUCUUUCCACGUCGCCGCAGCAUGCUCCCCGACGAGGUCGAUGCUCAUGACGGGCACUGAUCACCACAUCGCUGGGCUGGGUCAGCUCGCCGAGUUCACUCGCAGCUCGGCAGCACACCACGGCCAGCCGGGCCACGAGGGCUACCUCAACGAGAAAGUGGUUGCUCUGCCUGAGUUGCUCCAGGAAGGGGGUUACCACACGAUGAUGUCGGGUAAAUGGCACCUGGGUCUGCGAAAGGAGCACCAUCCCCAUAAGCGAGGGUUUGCCAGGUCAUUUGCCUUGCUCCCAGGGUGUGCGAACCACUACGCCUGGGAGCCGCCAGAGUACGACCCCACGGCGGAACCGGAGAAGUUUUUCGAAACAGCAACGCGUGCGUUGCAUGUUGAAGACGACCAGUUCGUGGACGUGCUUCCCGAGGGCUGGUAUUCAUCGGACGGGUACGGGGACAAGCUGUUGUCGUACUUGUCGGAGAGGACGGCCGAGGAGAAGGCCAAACCGUUCUUCGCCUACCUGCCGUUCUCAGCGCCACAUUGGCCCCUGCAGGCGCCCGAGGAGAAUGUCCGAAAGUACCGCAAUUUCUACAAUGCCGGACCGUUCGCCCUGCGCGAGGCUCGUCUGAAGCGACUGGUCAGUCUCGGUCUCGUCAAACCCGACGUUCAGCCGCAUCCCGUGGUGAACACUGCGGCGGACGACGUCCAUUGGGAUGAUUUGGAUGAGGAGAGCCGUCUCAAGUCGGCUCGUGCGAUGGAGACAUACGCCGGCAUGGUUGACCGGAUGGACUGGAACAUUGGCCGGGUGAUCGACUAUCUGAAAGAGACGGGCGAGUACAACGACACGCUGAUAUUAUUCAUGUCCGACAAUGGAGCUGAGGGUGCCUCAUAUGAGGCCUUACCUCUUGUCGGGCAGAACGUUAUGAAACAUAUCGAGAAGUACUACGACAACAGUUUGGACAACAUUGGCCGAGGAAACUCGUUCGUCUGGUAUGGGUCGCAGUGGGCUCAGGCAGCCACUGCACCGUCACGGCUUUUCAAAAUGCACUCGACUGAGGGCGGGUGUCGAGUGCCACUUGUCGUCAAAUUGCCGGAAUCCCUUUGCGGCUCUUCUCGACUUGAGCACGCUCAGGGCCAGGUGACUGAUGCGUUCUGCACGGUCAUGGAUCUUGUCCCGACAUUUCUGUCACUGGCAGGUCUGGAGCAUCCUGGAACUCAAUACACGGGUCGAGCCAUUGCCCCUCUCCGCGGGUGCAGCUGGGUCCCUUUCCUGGAGUCUGUCAUGUCGGGAUCAUCACUGGCACGCGGACAGGAUCCUCCUCAGAUCCACAACGCAGACUACGCUGUCGGCUUCGAAAUUGCGGGUUCCGGUGCACUCAGGCAGGGCGACUGGAAAAUCACAUUCGUGCCGAGCCCCCGGGGCCCUCAGAGGUGGGAAUUAUUCAAUAUCCGACUGGAUCCAGGGGAAACGCGUGACCUGCGCGAGACAGAACCCGAGAAGUUCCAAGCACUGCUGACUCUGUGGGAAAUGUAUAAGAAGGAUGUCGGCGUCGUAGGCCUGGCGGGCGAGUACCCGAGCGUGGUUCAGGGGAAAUUCUCGGGGACUGGGGUGGUGGACGAAUUUUCGGAUCCGUACAGUUGGAUCAAGUACAUCGGGCGUCCCGACAGGACACCGGAGAGGCUCAGGUCGGUGAUACCAACAUGA